AUGGCAUCAAGCACGCUUCGAACUAGUGUACCGUCCUUAUCUGACGUAGGUGCAUAUCUCUCAAAGCAUUCUGUGACGAUACACACACCUCCUGGUUCGGGUGAAGUGACACCAGUACUGUCCUUCGACCAGUUGGACAUUCCGCCGCAGUUGCAGUCAGCGUUCAAGGAUUUCAAAGAACCUACACCUAUACAGGCAUGUUCCUGGCCCCCUGCGCUGGAAGGUCGGGAUGUAGUCGGCAUCGCCGAGACGGGCAGGCGAACUUUGGCAUUUGGACUACCUGCGCUCACCCGCCUCAUCUCGUCAUCUUCUAAAGGCAAGAAAUCAAAGGAAACAACGGUCUCCGUGCUUGUGGUGGCACCUACACGCGAGCUCGCCUUGCAAACACACGACACGCUGUCUGCACUGGGAGAACCCUUCGGAAUUGCUAGCGUCGCCGUCUUUGGUGGCGUGGAUAAGGGGCCACAGAUCAAGGCCCUCAAGAACGCAAAUAAUGACGGGAAGACGACGAGAGUAAUCGUCGGGACUCCUGGUCGGAUAUUGGAUUUGGUGAAUGACGGUGCCUGCGACCUUGGUCGGGUGACAUAUCUCGUUCUUGACGAGGCCGAUCGAAUGCUCGACCGAGGUUUCGAGAACGACAUUCGUUCAAUUAUCGGCUUCACAAAGCAAGGCGCGGAGCUCAGUGCUACAUGGCCAGAUUCUGUUCGAAGAUUAGCAGCCUCGUUCCAGCGCAACCCGGUUCGUGUUACAGUCGGCAGCGAUGAUCUGACAGCAAAUAGCCGAGUUGAACAAGCUGUUGAGGUUUUCGAUGAUGCACGGUCCAAGGACUCACGGUUACUCAAUCACCUUCGUGCAUUGUCACAUAAGAAGUCGGCUUCGCCCGAAGACACUCGUAUCCUCGUUUUCGUGCUAUACAAGAAAGAGGCUUCCCGCGUAGAGAGCAUGCUGCGCAGCAAAGGUUAUUCCGUCGGUGGUCUGCACGGCGACAUGUCGCAGUCUGCCCGCAUGGAUACUCUACAGAACUUCAAGACGGGGACAACAAGUCUGCUCGUCGCCACAGAUGUGGCUGCGCGAGGUCUGGAUAUACCUAAUGUCGUAGCGGUUAUCAAUUACAGUUUCCCGCUCACUAUCGAAGAUUAUAUCCACCGGAUUGGCCGAACAGGUCGCGGUGGAAAGAGCGGCAAAUCCAUAACGUUUUUCACAGGUGACAACCACGAACGCGCGCUAGCAGGAGAAUUGGCACGCGUCCUAAGAGAGAGCGGUUUCGAGGAGGAAGGUCUCAAGAAGUUCCCCAUGACGAUCAAAAAGAAGACCCAUAGCGUAUAUGGUGCCUUCUUUAGAGACGAUGUGCCAGCUGCUCCAGGCCCCACUAGAAUUACAUUUGACGACUAG